AUUUAACACUUUCGCUUGGUAAAACCCUACUCCGUUUAUAUCUUAUAAUCGCAGCCGAUACAGAGCUCCUCGGUGCUCUCUAGGGUUUUCGCACUUGGGACGCACGUCUUCUCCUAAACAUUUCCUUCGCUAUCUCCGUCUCAAUCUCAUAUCCUCGUAGCCAUGUCUAAAAAGAAGACUAGAGAGCCAAAGGAAGAAAAUGUUACCCUUGGACCUGCAGUCAGGGAGGGUGAGCAUGUUUUUGGAGUGGCCCACAUCUUUGCAUCCUUCAAUGACACAUUCAUUCAUGUGACUGAUCUCUCUGGAAGAGAAACCCUUGUUCGAAUAACAGGAGGCAUGAAGGUGAAAGCUGACAGAGAUGAGUCUUCACCAUAUGCUGCUAUGCUUGCAGCACAGGAUGUCUCACAGAGAUGCAAGGAACUUGGUAUUACUGCUCUUCAUAUUAAGCUCCGUGCUACUGGUGGGAACAAAACAAAAACUCCAGGUCCAGGUGCACAAUCUGCCCUGCGGGCACUUGCUCGUUCUGGAAUGAAAAUUGGUCGCAUAGAGGAUGUGACUCCAAUUCCCACUGAUAGCACACGCAGAAAGGGUGGCAGAAGAGGGAGAAGACUCUGAGCUUGUGGCUCGUUUUCCAGCUGUUAUGGGUCGUGUUUUAUUUUAGGUUAUUAUUCCCAAUUUGACACUAUGUGGUCCAGCCGAAGUCAGAAUUCAGUUUUGGAUCUAAAUUCUAGCUUUUAUCAUACGUUUCCUGAUGGUUUUAAUUUAUGUUGAAGUCGUGUAGAAGAAAGAUGUUAUUAUUGGAUAUGAGGGAUUUUUGGUUUAUCGCAAUGCAUUGCGUGGUUGACUUUGCUGCA